CCUUUAUUUUUUAAUAAAUUAAGUAAAAGGUCAUAAAAAGAUGAGAACCCACGAGGAGAUAGAUAGCUUCUUCAUCGAGAAACCUCGAAAAACCAAUAAAAUCAAAAAGCGCGUCGGUGACUUGUACUCUUCAAUCUCUUCUUCCUCUCAUUCUUUCAAUCAAAAAGCUUCUUCUAUCUCUCUAUCUCUCGCAAUUAUCGAACCCAUCGACCUUGCUUAAAUUCAUCAUCCACCUUGCUCAAAUUCAUCAGCCACCAUGUCGUACGAUUAUCUCUUCAAGUACAUAAUCAUCGGAGACACAGGUGUGGGAAAAUCGUGCCUGCUUCUGCAAUUUACUGACAAGAGGUUCCAACCAGUCCACGAUCUCACCAUUGGUGUCGAGUUCGGUGCUCGGAUGGUUACCGUCGAUGGACGCCCCAUCAAACUCCAAAUUUGGGACACCGCUGGACAAGAGUCUUUUAGAUCCAUCACCAGAUCAUACUACAGAGGAGCAGCUGGAGCUUUACUGGUUUAUGACAUCACCAGGAGAGAGACGUUUAACCAUCUGGCGAGCUGGUUGGAGGAUGCUCGGCAACAUGCAAAUCCUAACAUGAGUAUUAUGCUGAUUGGGAACAAAUGUGAUCUUGCUCACAAGAGAGCUGUUAGCAAAGAGGAAGGAGAACAGUUUGCCAAAGAACAUGGCCUGCUAUUCUUAGAAGCAUCUGCAAGAACAGCUCAAAACGUUGAGGAGGCAUUCAUAAAGACUGCUGCCAAGAUCCUCCAGAACAUUCAGGAUGGUGUCUUUGAUGUAUCAAACGAGUCGUCAGGCAUCAAGGUUGGUUACGGGCGCACUCAAGGUGCAGCUGGAGGAAGAGAUGGUACGAUCUCUCAGGGAGGAGGCUGUUGUGGUUAAAAAAUCCUCGAGAGAGGGUCACAGUCUCACAUAUCUGCUGUAAUCUGGUGAUUCAGAAACUACUAUUGCUUUUAUUUACCUCUGCAAAUGGAUACACCAGAAUGUAUAGUUUCUCUUUUUUUUUUUCUUCUCUAUUUUCCAGUUUGUCUUUAUCAAAAAAAACCCAAACCGGUGCAUUUGAGAGUGAACAGCCUGAUCUUUAUAAACCAAACAGGCGUUGGCUUAUUAAAAACAUUGUUGCUUUUGCA